CAGUGGAGGGAUUGGCAGAGAGGGGUGGAGGACACUGAAUGGAGGCCAGUGGAGGGAUUGGCAGAGAGGGGUGGAGGACACUGAGUGGAGGCCAGUGGAGGGAUUGGCAGAGAGGGGUAGAGGACACUGAAUGGAGGCCAGUGGAGGGAUUGGCAGAGAGGGGUGGAGGACACUGAAUGGAGGCCAGUGGAGGGAUUGGCAGAGAGGGGUGGAGGACACUGAGUGGAGGCCAGUGGAGGGAUUGGCAGAGGGGGGUGGAGGACACUGAAUGGAGGCCAGUGGAGGGAUUGGCAGAGGGGGGUGGAGGACACUGAGUGGAGGCCAGUGGA